UUUAACAUUCUUUGGUCAACUGUCGUGUCAAAAGAAAUCGUACAAAAUGUCUGGACGUGGUAAGGGAGGAAAGGCAAGAGCAAAGGGGAAGAGCAGAUCAUCCCGUGCUGGACUUCAGUUCCCAGUGGGCAGAAUCCACCGUCUUCUCCGCAAGGGUAACUAUGCCCAGCGUGUUGGAGCCGGUGCCCCAGUGUACCUGGCUGCCGUCCUCGAGUAUCUGGCCGCUGAGGUCCUCGAGUUGGCGGGAAAUGCUGCCCGUGACAACAAGAAAUCCAGAAUUGUCCCCCGUCACUUGCAGUUGGCUGUCCGCAACGAUGAGGAAUUGAACAAGCUGCUGGGAGGUGUCACCAUUGCCCAGGGUGGUGUUCUGCCAAACAUCCAGGCUGUCCUUCUGCCCAAGAAGAGCAAGGCGGCUGCCAAGUAAAUUGCUGUUUGCAAAUUUACAACAAACGGUCCUUUUCAGGACCAACCAAAUAUUCAUAGAAAAGCUACGCCAAUGAAGUUCAUUAUGAAUUAAUCAGUUUCACAAUCUCUUACUUGCCUCUCUCGUAGUGGCAGACCUGAUUAAUCCCGCCUUGCUCCAUAUAUUGUGAAUAUGAAUGCAUAUAUAGAUAAGUAAUAAUCCUAAUCACCCAGACUGAAUACUGAGCUCCAUUUCGAAAAAAGUGAAAAAUGAAGUUGAAGAAGUAAUAUUUGCGAAUUCAACUUUUUUAUUUUAUUUUAAUCUCUGGUGACAGAAAGCGAUGUGUUUAUAUGUGGACAAUUUAAAUUUUAGCUUGGGAAAUAUUCGUGUUUAGUUACCAAGGUUUCAGCUGAUUUAGUAAUAAAGACUUUUUAAAAACAAUCUUUUUGAAUAAUAUUUGCAAGUUAAUUAUACCGACAGAAAUUAUACUGUGCUUAAAGAAGCCUUACCAGCUGCACGUUUACUUUACUGACACUCAACUUCAAGUCAAUAUUUUUCACAAUGCCUGGUUAUAACAAAGGUUUUGCAAAUUCCUUUAUAAGGGAAUGCACUUUUGCCGCUUUUCCUG